ACCCGCCAUUUAACCGGAAAGGAAGAAGAAGAAGAGAACAUUAAGCACAGCUGCUCAGCAGCUCCAGGGGCUUAAUGUCACUAAGGGUCCAACCGCAGGUUAUUUAUUAUUAGUGUAAACAUUAAUAAGUGUUAAGACAGGACUUGUGCGUUUGGGGCAGCUCCCGUUGCUGUUAGCUAGCUGGGAUGGAGGGUCCGCUUCAUCUCCCGCCGGAGCUCUGGGUACUCGCCUUCAGCUACCUGAGCACCGAGGAAAAGCACACUGUUCGCUCCUGCUCCAGGCACCUGAAGAAGCUCGCUGACCACCCGGCUCUGUGGAGGGACUACACGGUGGUUUUGUCCGAGCUCCGUCGGUACACGUACGGCUUUUGGCACACCCUAUGUCACCGCAAACUCACCCGAGUGGCGGUGCGACACUUGCGGCGUAAAGAGUGGCGACGCCUGGUGAAGUUCCUGCCGUCGCUCACGGCCAUCGUUUUUAUGGACGGCGGGCGCCAGUACAAGGAGAAGUAUCUGGACAACCUGUCCAGGUUCCCCCACCUGAGGGAACUCGGAGUACGGAACGCCACCUGGGACGAAGCGCUGUUGGGCCGUGGGCUCACCCAGCAGCUCGGGGAGCGGCUGACCCACCUCAGCGUCUGCAACGUCCGGCUGCCCAGCACGGUGGAGUUCAUCGUCACGGUGUCGGAGCUGGUCAACCUGCGGUCCCUGCUGUUCCACCAGCAGGGUGAAGGCUACGGCCUGGACACCGUGAGACCGGUGCCCCGCAGCGACUUCCACAGACUCCUGGUCAGCCUGAAGAAACUCCGACACCUGUCCUGGGGGAUGAAGGGGGAGCCGCCAGAACCGCUACCGGACGACUACUUCAGCCCCGAGGAUCCGAACCAACCUGGACCAUCUUCAUACGGCGGCCCCGCUCUGUCCAGUCUAGAGCUUGUAGACUACCCAGAAACCCUCCUUCCUGAAAACGCACUGAGGAGCCUGACCUCGCUCAGGUCCUUGUCUGUCCGCUACAGAUACAUCAGAGACGGUGUUGACUGUCGCCUCAAAACAUGGCUAAGUCCACUGCAACAGCUGGAAUCCCUCACCAUCAUCGGUGGUAAUUCUCUUGCUACGUACACAACCCUGAUCCCCCCCAGUGUAACCCGGCUGACUCUGCGAGUAGCCAUAACGCUAAAAGACAUGGACUCCAUUGCACCCAAGGUUCCAGGACUCGAGCAUCUGGACAUUGAGCAGAACCGCUCUAGCGGCAGCCUCUGCAGACGAAUCCCUAUGCUUUUCCCUCAUCUCAGGACUCUUAGGAUACGAUUUUUCCGCCGUGAACCAGAGAAAGACCUGCUAAGUCUCCAAAAGCUGCGGCACCUGGUGCAGCUGGAGCUGCUAGUGGAGCGUUCCUUUAUUCUGAGGGAUUACCUUAACGGCCACCCCUGGCCGAGCCCCGGUGUACAGGAGCUCAUCAAUGAGCUACGGGAUCUGUCUGAGAACAGGAUCACCGUCAUAACCGCCAUGCGGCAGAGAAGCCUUCUACGAGAAUGUGACUGUCUAUGGGAGGGAGACUGAGCCGAUCAGACGGGAGCGACAGGAAAACGCUUCAUCGUGGGACUGGCGCCAAUCUGACACAUGAGCCUGUGAGACAUGGAAGCCCAGAGUUGGUUGCUUCUGUUCUGAAGUAAUCACCUGGCACUAGAACCGGUGGUCAGGUCUGGCCAGAGCAGCAGCUGCAGUGACUGGUUCCAGAUUGGUUAAGGUCCCUGGUCAAGUCUUCCCAUGCUGACAGCACGAGGUUUAGUCAUGUGGAAACUCUGACUUUGAUCCAAAAGUCAACACAAAUAAAACGUUUUCGGCAGUGUCUGGAGGUGGAUUUCCACUAAACUACUUUGAUUACACAAGUAAAGCGGUGGUGCCGUGUCCCGUUUCCUCCUGAACUAUCAAAUAGGUAAAGGACAAAAGCUGCUUUUGUUUCUGCAGAAAGUUCUUUUCGCCGGUCUUAACCAGCAGGAGGGCAGCGCAGGCUCAUCCCUUCAUACUAAUGACCUCAACUCAGGUGUUCCAGGGAGGAGGGUCUUCAUUCAUCUCACCACAUGCAGGCUCCAGCAGAACUGGUUAGAGGAGUUUAACUGCUAUCCAGGACCACGUCUCCUCAUAAACAUUAGUGUCUGAAUCCUAUGACACCAACUUGGAAUCUUUUCCCCCCAAACCAACCGCUUCCUUUUAAGGUUUUAAUUUCAAUUCAAACAAAAGUUUUGGUUCUUUUUUCAUUUGCUGGAGGCAUUUUUUUAGCCUGGCCUGCCAGACUCUUCCACUGGUUAAUUCUGCACAGAGCGAGAGUCUGGUAACUCACAGGCAGAGAGGCACAUGAGGGGCGGGAUUAGGUAGCUCAAAAAUAACCAAUCAGGAAAAAGACGGAAAUGCCGACUGUACCGCGCGACGCUGUCGUUUUUUUUAGCUGUAGUCAAAUGGCGUCUGGCGACAGCGCAGACGUCUUUCUGUAGAAGAAAGGCUUUUAGCGCUUCUACUUGUUGUUUUAAAGACAUUCAAGUCAUUUAGAGCAGAGGAAAGAGCCGCAGCGAACUCUGCGUCAGUCGCCAUGUUUAUGACAAACUCAGCGUUGUGGUGUGUGACGUACGCUGCUCGGCUCUGAUUGGCUCGGUUAGAAUUCUCAGGGGGUGGAGUUAUUUGAAUAGGAGAGUUCCCAGACCCUUUCUCUGUGCAGAAUUAAGGUUGGUUUAUGCUUGACGCGUCCGUGUGGUGAAAUUUCAUCAUUUUAACAACACUGCGCCUCCGCAUGGCCCCAAAUUUCCGCACCGCGCACCUAGCAAAUUUUCUAACCACGCGGACGGUUGGACGUGGAAAAACAUGGCGGACUGGCAAGAACUAGUAUGGCAGAGGUUGGUAAAUACAGACAUUUGUAUGAUUCAGCGCUCAGAGAUCACCGUGAUCAACAUGUUGUUAAUAAUUCUUGAAGAGAAAUAGUUCGCACUGUCGGAAAAGAUGAGGACGCUGUUAAAAAUGCUGGAAUGCCAUGUUGUAAACAGUAAUUUCCUCUACUAUGGUGUAGUGUUGGAUGCAUGCCGUAGAGCUCCAUGCUGCCCCCUACAGUUUGGGAGAAUAUUGGCUCACCGCAGAGACAAGCCGCAUGAACCAUAAACGCUGCGAGUUGUGAAGCGUGUUCCAUCCGCGAGCCGCAUCACCGUGCGGAAAGUGAAUGCGUCAAGCAUAAACCAAGCUUUAAACAGGAGGAGUCUGGCAGGACAGGCUAGGCAUCAUUGGUUUAAGGUAACUUGUUAAAGUCCAUGUUCUUGUAUUUAUUUAUAUUUAUACUUGAAAAGGAAAAUGAGGAUUAAUUUUAUUUUUGGCCUGUUUUUGGUAUUUUUAUAGAAGCAGUCUGAUUGUAGCUUCUACCAGCAGCCGGAGACUUUACACAAAUGAGUGGAAUCCAGGGUAGAAACGAUAAAGUAGCCAGAUUUAGUUCCUGUUCCUUUGUGUUUUCUUUCAGUGACUCCAGUGCUCCAGUCUGCAGCUCUAUAGUUUCUUUACUCAUUUGUUUCUACUUCACCAGUUUGCUGAAACCAACAUGUUUGAGUAUGAAAAAGUCAAUAAAUGCUAAACAUGUUUUAACGUG